AUGGAUACGAAGAGAUUCAGGACGCAAAUAUCUCCACCGAAGCACUCAGAUCUGGCAAAUGACUGUAGUUCUCAAGUAGCAGGGAGGAAGAGUACUGGACUCAAUACGAUGAAGUUGAUGGGGAUCCUGGUUAUUGCUAAUUUGUGCUCCCUUCCCCAAAUAAAAGUUCCAAAAUCAGGUUCCGAAGACAUUAUAUCCGAUCAAACUGUUGAGGAGACUCAAGACAAAUUGCUUGGCGGCCUUCUUGUUGAUGAGUUUGAUGAUGAGGAAUCUUGUCUAAGUAGGUACCAGUCCAUCUUAUAUCGCAAGACACUACCACACAGACCUUCUUCGUAUCUUGUAUCCAGGUUGCGAAGGUAUGAAGCUUUGCAUAAGCGCUGUGGAGCCUAUACAAAGUCCUACAACAGGACAUUGGAGCAGCUCAAGUCUGGCCACAUCACUGGGCCCACAGAUUGUAAAUAUGUGGUAUGGAUAUCAUUUAGCGGAUUGGGAAACAGGAUUCUAGCAUUAGCUUCAGCAUUCUUGUAUGCACUUCUCACAAAUAGGGUCCUACUUGUUGACCGUGGGAAUGAUAUGACUGAUCUCUUCUGUGAACCAUUUCCAGGGGUGUCAUGGCUACUCCCUUUGGAGUUCCCUCUUAAUGAUCAGUUCAACAGCUUCAAUCAAGGGCAUCCUCAUUGCUAUGGUAAUAUGGUUUUAAACAACUCAACAGGAUCAGUACCACCACCUUUUGUAUAUCUUCAUCUUGCCCAUGAUUAUAAUGAUCAUGAUAAGCUUUUCUUCUGUGAUCAAGAUCAAUCUCAUCUCCAAAAUGUUCCUUGGUUGGUCAUCAAGACUGACAACUAUUUUGUCCCAUCACUCUUCUUGAUCCCAUCCUUUGACAAGGAACUGAGUAACCUCUUCCCCGAUAAAGAAACGGUUUUCCACCACUUGGGUCGCUAUCUUUUCCAUCCCACAAAUUCAGUAUGGGGGUUGAUUUCCAGGUAUUAUCAAGCAUACUUGGCUAAAGCAGAUGUGAGGGUGGGCAUCCAGAUUAGAGUGUUUGAUACUGGCACAGGCCCAUUCCAGUAUGUGAUAGAUCAGAUCCUAGCUUGUUCCCUGAAGGAGAAAAUAAGGAAUAUGUAUUGGGAGCACCCUACAGUCACUGGGGAGGCGAUUGGGGUUUACCAGCCAAGCCAUGAAGAGUAUCAACAAAGCGAGAAGCAGAUACACAACAGGAAGGCAUGGGCUGAAAUGUAUCUCCUGAGCCUGAGCGAUGUCUUGGUCACAAGCGCAUGGUCGACCUUUGGGUAUGUAGCUCAGGGUCUUGGAGGCUUGAAACCAUGGAUUCUCUACAAGCCUGAGAAUAGGACAACCCCUGAUCCACCUUGUCGUCAGGCCAUGUCCAUGGAACCUUGCUUCCAUGCUCCUCCACUUUAUGAUUGCAAGGCAAAGAGAGGGGCAGAUACGGGGGCAUUUGUCCCGCACGUGAGACAUUGUGAGGACAUGACCUGGGGCCUUAAGCUGGUCGAUUGCUCGUGA